GUGUAUGUGUGUGUGUAUGUGUGUGUGUUAGAUCCUGAGUGUGGAGAAGCCAGACCGCAGUAGCAGGGCCCUGUAGUGAUAUGUUAAGUAACCCCUUUCGUGUGUGUGUGCGUGUGCGUGCGUGUGUGUGUGUGUGCGUCUGUAUGUAUGUAUGUAUGUAUGUGUGUGUGUGUGUGUGUGUGUGUGUGUGUUAGAUCCUGAGUGUGGAGAAGCCAGACCGCAGUAGCAGGGCCCUGACAGUGUGCCUGCGGGGGAAGAGGGCGCUGCGCUUCUCGGAGGUCAGAGACUACGAGCGGCUGGCCAACACCAUCCGCAAGAGGAGCGGCAACACCGCCAGCCCCAUGCACUCCGCAUCAUGCCAGGCGCUGCUGGAGUGUGGUGAGGAUGAGGAGGGUCUAAUGGUGGGUCAGAGGGACAGCAGUAAGACGGUCAGCACUGAAGCCCUCAUGAGCGUCUUCCACCCCCAGGACGCAGAGAACCUCGACCCCAAAAUGCUGAAGGAGAAGAUGAAGGAGCAGUCGUGGCAGAUCCACUUUGCGGAGUACGGCCGCGGAACCAGCAUGUUCAGCACGCGCAAGACCCGCGACCUGAUCGUCAGGGGGGUGCCUGAAUCUCUCAGGGGGGAGCUGUGGUUGUUAUUUUCAGGUACGUGUUGUAGUAGACCGCCUACUGAAUUUAUCAGGGGUGGUUUACGAUUGCCAACAGCCAUUUAUUGGCCGUAUAGGUAGUCCAUAGCCAAUCGUGUGUCUGUUGUAUUCAAACAAACUGCAAGCUUCCAUUUGUCAAGUAAUACGUACCAUCAUCUUUCCACCCCUCCCCACUCUCAGAUUGUCUCCCUAGUACCUCAGGCUAGUGCUCUGGGACAAACAUGUCUUGUCUGUCUUUCAGAUGGGAACGAUUGUGCAAUUCAGCAUGGGAUUUUCCAGGCUAGUACAACACAAAUAGUAGAUAAAUAUCCCACACAUUGUCCAUUACACAUUUUUAUAGCUGACACAACAUGAAAAUUCACCUGUAGAAAGUCCUUCACGUAUCUGAAUGUUAAAAACGCUGUGAGGAAUAAAAAUGCAGUGUUGAGUGUAAUGGACAGUGUGCAGACAAUAGAUGUACAAGACAGUACUUAAGGUAAUGGAAAGCAUACAAAAUUAAUGUACUGAAGCAAAACUGCACACACCUGUGGUGAGUCCAAGUGAAAAUGAAAGAUAGCUUCAUUGUCAAUUCCUCCUCGUAGCAAAUGUUACAGAA